AUGGGGGACAAUCCAAAGCCUAAGACGGAAAAGGAGCUCAAGAAAGAAGCGGCAAAAGCUGCUAAGCUGGCCAAAUUUGAGGAGAAGGAGAAGGCUCCCAAAAAAGAAAAGGAAAUCGUCGAAGUUAUUUAUUCUGCGACCACAAAGCCUGGAGAGAAGAAAGACGUGUCCGGUGAAAUGCCGUCUGCCUACGCUCCUCGUUAUGUAGAGGCUGCCUGGUAUGAAUGGUGGGAGGCUGAAGUUGGCUUUUUGAAGUUUUCACCAAAUUUGGUCAAUUUAGGAUUUUUUCGUCCCGAAUAUGGUGGUCGCGAUUUGAGCAAAGAGAAUCCAAAAGCGAUCUUUCACCAUUUGUAUCCCACCACCAAACGUUACCGGAACCGUAUGAAAGGAAAGACCACUUUAUUUAACCCGGUUGUGACCACGCUGGAAUUGCAACCCAAG